AUGGCCGACACCGUCCGGAAAGAGCAUGAUCUACCUAUCGACCGCAUCGUGCUCUGGAGUGACUCUAUGACUGUCCUACGAUGGAUCCGAGCAGACGCCCGGCGAUUCAAGCCAUUCGUAGCACAUCGUAUCGGAGAGAUUGAGGAGCUCACUGACGUAUCGCAAUGGCGGUGGGUCCCAACACACAGCAACCCAGCAGAUGCAGCAACCAGAGCCCCAUCCGAGAUAUCAGCAGCGCAGCACAUCUGGACGCAUGGUCCUGAGUUUCUGACCCAGCCAGAGUCUGAGUGGCCAGUAGAGAAUCCUGGGCGAGACACUACCACCAGCGACGACCAAGCCGAGAUGAAGACAGAGUUUACUGCGGUAGUCACCAAAGAAGCGCAGUUAGCCCUGCCAGAUAUCAGCCGCUUCUCAUCCUGGAUUCGGCUGAUGAGAACGACAGCAUGGAUCGUCAGAUACGUCAACAACCUGCGUGCGAAAGCGUCAAGCAAGCCCACAGUCACUUGCUCUGAGUUGCUGCCAUCGGAGUACCAGCAGGCCCAGAAGCUGUGGUGGAAGAAAGCACAGCAAGACAGCUUCCGGGAGGAAAUUGGCGACCUGCAGAAGCACAGCAAUGUGAGCAGCAGCAGCAAACUUCGAGACCUCUCACCUGUGCUAGAUAGCGACGGUGUGGUGAGAAUGCAUGGCCGAAUUCGAAGUGCACCACCCGGAAGUCCACUGACGCCCGAGCCUGUCAUCCUGGACCCGUCGCACCCAUUCACACAGAUGCUCCUUCAGCAGUACCAUGUCUGGCAUGGACACCAUGUCACUAUCGGACGACGUCACGAGAAGCGGUACGGCGUGAUAUUCACCUGCCUUACGACCCGAGCUGUACACCUGGAGCUGUCACACGACUUGACAACAGACUGUACCAUCAUGGCAAUUUGCCGGUUGAUCAGUCGCAGAGGGUGCCCUGGAGUUAUCUACUCGGACAACGGCACCAACCUACGAGGUGCAGCAAGAGAACUCAAGGAAUCGUUGGACCAGCUGGACCAGACACGCCUCGCAGCUGAGCUCACACCGAGAGGAAUCAAGUGGGAGUUCAAUCCUCCGGCAGCCCCGCACAUGGGGGGAGCGUGGGAGCGACUAGUGAGGUCAGGGAAAACCGCCUUGAGAGCCGUGCUCAAGGAACGUGCUCCGCGUGAGGAUACACUCAUCACGCUACUUACAGAGGUUGAGGCGAUAAUCAACAGCCGCCCGCUCACACAUGUGUCCUCUGACCCAACUGACGACAACAGCCUGACGCCGAACCACUUCCUCCUAGGGACGCCAUCAGCAGCACCAGUGCCCGGAGUAUUCAGUGGUGAUGACCUACAUCUGCGCCGGCAGUGGCGCAUCGUGCAAGUGCUAGCAGACCAUUUCUGGCGUCGCUGGAUUAAGGAAUACUUGCCAACGCUAGCCCGGCGAACCAAAUGGCACGGAAGAACAGAGAAGAAGGUGGACUGA